AUGUUUAUCUACCAUCUCUUUACUAUCAUCCCGGUCUUUUUCCUUCCGGCGGUCAUUGGAGGAUCACCAGAGCCCAAGCCCCUCUCAAACGCGACGGCCAACCCCACGGAUACGGCGCCUCGGAUGAUGAGGAAGUUACUCGAAGACACGCCGGUUUCCGUCUUCACCACUACCAGCUGCCCAGUCGAGCACUUUAGUAUGACAAUUUUAACGUGCCCGAUAUUCUCUGCCACACUUGAAGUUAGAGCUACUACCAGCGUGGAUGGGUAUGACGCUAUGGCUACUCACGGAUCUACGGUCUAUCCACGUGCGGAUGAACACGAUCAUACGAAGGAGGAGUUACUCAAAGGCACGCCCGUUUCCGUCUUCACCACUCCCAGCUGCCCAGUCGAGCACUUUAGUAUGACAAUUUCAACGUGCCCGAUAUUCUCUGCUACACUGGAAGUUGGAGCUACUAACAUCGAUCUCAUGUUCGUUCCGGUGGGCACAGAGACGGUGGGGAGGGCGGCAUCUGUAUCAGAAACCUUCGACUCGGAACGGGAUAUGUCGCGAUUAAAGAAGAGAGGGCUGACUCCGGAAGCUGACGCCAUGGAAAUCGGACAAGUAUUGGGGCUCCCGGGGGCCUAUACGGCAUAUGGUGCACUGGAUUUACCAAGUAUCACCUCCCCGAAGACGCCGUACUUUCGACCAAGAAUCGCUCGCCGCGUCGAUAGCGAACCGGACACGGAUGUCGAAUCUGACACAGCCACCCGUGGGCUCACAGAGGGAAAACACCAGAUGGCCAAUACCAUCAGACCUAAUGUGAUCAAGGCAACACCCAUGAAGAUCGAACCGACGACUAAAGUCGACCAGGAAGCUAAUACGAACGGGACGCCGUAUGUCCAGAACCAUGAAAAAAAGUUUUCCGAUGAUCAGGUUUGGAAGGAACGGUUUCUUUCGAUGGAUGAGUAUAUUCGAAAUUCUAUUUGCGGCAAUGUGCCGGACUGUAAAUAUGGGCAGGCACUCUCCACCGAUUGGGAACCAGUCAAGUCGGUGGAACAUGAGAUUGCCAGUCCUACCGAAUCUGACACAAUCACCACCGAGGUCACGAAAGUGAAAUAUCGGACAGUCAAUUCCACCGAAUCCGACACAACUAUCCUCGUGAUCCAUGAGACAGACUAUUCCGAGCUUGACGUUUUGGAGGAAUCGCUUUCGAUGGAAGAGCAUACCCGAGCUUCUACUCGCAGCGAUGUGACGGACGGUGAAGAUGGGCAUGCAUUCCCCACGGAUAGUGAACGUCCCACAGGAUCCCGCACAACUUUCCCCAGUGUGUCUUUUAAACUUUUGCCGGGAAAUCUACGUUCGCGCGGAACGUAUAUCCUAUCUUCUGUUGCCAGCGAUUUGACGGACGGUGAAGAUUGGCUAGACCUCCCCACCAAUAGUGAACCAGUCAUGGCGGUGGAACAUGAGAUUGCCGGUCCUACCGAAUCUGACACAGCCACCACUGAGGUCACGGAGGCGGAAUACCAGAUAUCCAAUCCUACCGGAUCUGAAGCGAGCACGGAGAAUAGGAUGGGAGCAACCAUGAGCGCAGGUUCAAAGAGAAAGAAGCCCUUGGCCAUGCUGAAUGUCAAGAAUAAGAUCAACGUCGAGGCAGAAUCAUUGCGCAGCAAUGAUCCGGUGGAGGAGGAUGCGGAACAUUCGUCUCCGGGUGAUACGGUCGACUCCACGGAGAUCGAGACGCUCGAGGAAUUGGAAGAGGAUGAAGAGAUUCUUCCCUCUGAGGAGGCAAGGCUGUCAACUCUGCAUGCGUCUGCUGCUGCCGAGGCUGGUACCUGCAUCGAUUUCACAGCCAUUAUGCACGAUAUGACCACUGUCACAGUAGAGGCCUCGAAGACCAGCAAGGAGCAUGGCAAACACAAAGUCACAAUCAAGAGCCUUCCAUCCGAACCUAAAACCCUCGCCGUCACGGUCACCGAAUCGGACGUGACCGUCGAAUUCGGACAUCUCACGACAGCUGCAAAAAUAAAAACUGUCAUCACCGGUAAGCCGUCCGAUAUUGAAACGUUGGAGGUCGAUGACGAUAGUGAAUCAGAACCAGAGGAAGAAACGGAGAAGAAGAGCAACCCGAGGAUCACCACGACCCUGGAUGGAGACCUCGGCGAAGCAGCAUAUGGCGAGAAUCUCCUGUUAGCAACCCUCUACACCUCCACGGUUAUCACCCACGACAAAAAAGCGCCAUACAGUACAGAAACGCAAUAUAGCGAUACCGUUGUCGUCCAGCCGACGCCGUCCAAUGAGGAGUACGAUGGGAUGAGUGUUAUGUUUGAGUGUGAUGCUUUCAAAGGGCUGAGUGUGAUGCUUUGA